CUUUAUUAUCCUUCACUUCUCUCUUUGCUAACAUACACCAUGACUACCCUACACUUCUUCCUCUUCACUCUCCUUACCGUUUCCGUUCAUGCACACAACAUCACUGAAAUUUUGAACAAGUUCCCGGAGUACAGUGUAUUCAACAGUUAUCUCUCACAAACUAAACUCGCCGACGAGAUUAACAGCCGUGAAACUAUUACCGUUUUAGCUUUGCCUAAUGGAGCUAUGUCUGCUAUAGUCGACAAACAUCCACUUUCCGUCAUCAAAAAUGUCCUCUCUCUUCAUGUUUUGCUUGAUUACUUUGACGGUACUAAACUUCAUAAGAUCUCCGACGGUACUACGACUUCCACUACUCUUUACCAAACUACCGGCAAUGCUCAUGGAAACAUAGGUUCUGUUAACAUUACCGAUCUUAAAGGUGGUAAAGUAGGUUUUGGUUCAGCUAUUCCGAACUCACCAUUGGCGUCUACAUAUACUAAAUCUGUGAAGCAAAUCCAGUAUAAUAUCUCUGUGUUGGAAGUUAGUGCUCCGAUUAUUGCUCCGGGUAUUUUGACGGCACCGGCGCCAUCUGGUGAUUUUAAUAUUACUGGUGCAUUGGAGAAAGCUGGGUGUAAAACAUUUGCUUCAUUACUUGUCAAAUCUGGAGUUCUCAAGACGUAUCAAACUGCUAUUGAGAAGGGUUUGACUAUUUUUGCCCCAAAUGAUGAGGCGUUUAAGGGAGCUAAAGUUCCAGAUCUGAGCGAUCUCAGUAGCGCUGAUGUUGUUUCGUUGUUGCAGUACCAUGCUAUUCCGAGUUACACUCCUAUUGGAACCUUGAAAACGACGAAGGAUCCGAUUUCAACUCUAGCUACUAAUGGCGCUAGCAAGUAUGAUCUGGCAGUUUCAACAGAAGGUGACCAGGUGACACUUGACACAGGUGUCGAUUCGUCCAGAAUCGCUUCCACAGUCAUUGACUCUACUCCCUUCUGCAUUUUCACCGUCGACAGUGUGCUUCUACCUGUGGAAUUGUACGGAAAAGCUCCAUCCCCAGCACCAGGACCAGCUCCGGAGACUUCUCCAACACCAGCACCAGCCCCUGCUCCGGAAGCCAGCUCUCCUACUCCAAUGAUGUCUCCUCCUGCUCCACCGACUUCAUCUCCAGCUGGUUCUCCGGCGGAUAGUCCCACUGCAGAUUCGGAGAACAGUACGGCGAAGAAGAACGCCGGUAACGUUAACACUCCGGCGCUACUGAAAGCUCUACUCACAGUGUCAGUUUCGGUAAUUGUGUCCGUUUAUUUGUCCUAAACCGCCAUUUUCCGUUUGUUUAAUUAAAUUUGGGUUUUUGGAGUCAUAUUUUUAUUUGUGACUUGCUUGUAGAGACGAUUUUUAUUUAAUUUCAUUUAAUUUUUAAAUGUCCUUUAAUAGUGAGUGAGCCGUUUAUCUGAGUAAAGGGCACUGUUUUUUCUUUUCUUUUCUUUUGUUCUGUUGCUGUACUUUGUUUUUAUUUUAAAUCCUUUGUCUUAUUUUUGGUGUAUAAUAAUGUUCCACUUGUUGAGUUAUUAUCAGAUGUUACGCAUAUCACAGUAAAGGAGUGUUGUAAUUGGUGGGUAGUGUCGGUGAGUGUACAGCGAAGCAAAUGAAGAUAAUUGGGCCCACUUUGUGAUGGCUA